CCCCUCAUCACAGCAGAGGGGAAAUGUCUCAGCAGCCGAAGGGAGGCUCUGGUCCUGGUCCUGGUCUGGACUAGUCUGAGUAGAAGCAGAGUUGUGGCCCCACACCUCGAGAGAGAACAGGAAGUGCAGCAGCUGACGGUGUGAUUCUUGAAGCUGUGGUCAGCUGUGCAGGAGCUGCCAUCUUUGGAAGUGAACAGAGUCACAGACGGUUAUUUUCAAACCCCCACCUCACCCCUCCCUCUCUGUUUUCCUGCUCUCUCUCCCCCUCUUUCUCUCUCUCUCUCUCUCUCUCUCUCCUCUGUGGAAUUCCAUUCAGGAACAUUUGGGAUUGUUGAAAUUCCACAGGGACAGUAUGUGAGGGUCAGCAGUGGACACCACGUGUCUCACCCACUGAAGUCUCCUGUGAUCUUUCUCUCUCUCUCUCUCUCUCGCUCACAUGCUCUCAGUGGGCGUGGCAGAAAGUGCUCAGCUGUUGAGACAGUGAGGACAGGUGUCGUCAGUCAGGACGUGGGCGUGUCCUCUGCUUGUGUUUCUCUGCAAAUCUGAGCUGCUGCUUUCCAUUAAAGACGCAGUACGCGAGUUUGAAUAGCCCAGCCAGAAUAAAGGAGGGGGAGGUGAUGCUAACAGUGAACUUAGCUAACUGUAGCAAGUGUUAGCUUCAGUUAAGUUCACACUGUAGAUUUAGCGGAAACCUUAGCUUUGCUAUGUGUUAGCUUUGCUCAUUGUUGAAUUUGAUAAAUGAUAGCUCUGUAAAACAUUAGCUUUGCUCAGUGUUAGCUUUUCUAAAUGUUAGCAUUGGUUAAUGUCUGCUUUGCUAACACUAGCUUCACUCAAUGUUAGCUUUGCUCAGUGUUAGUUUUGUAAAAUAUUAGCUUUCUCAGUGUUAGCUUUGCUAAAAUCUAAAUUAGCAAAUUAAAAACUUCUUUUGAACUCAAUAUUUUAGUAGAAUAUAUAUUUUUACAACAUAUUUAUGUUUAAAUGAAUGGACUUCAGUGUCUCGCACACACACACACACUCGGUCCCUCCCUCAGGAACUUGGCCCCACCCCUUUAACACUCACCUGCAGUUUAAAUCUUCAGGAUCUAUAUUCUCUGUGUGGAUCAAACUUGUUACUAUGGCGACAGUAAAUGAUGCACAUGUAUCGUGUGUGUGUGUGUGUUUUUUCAGGAAAGAAGAAGCCGGUGCUCAAACUCUCCAAGGAGGUGUUUGAGCAGCCUUCACCUGCUGCUGUACCUCCCAGAGAUUUGGAUUCUAAAGCUUGUGUGACCAUCGGAGAAAAGAACUUUGUGGUAAAGGCAGACGACCUGGAGCAGAUCUGCGAGCUCGGCCGAGGAGCGUACGGCGUCGUGGACAAGAUGAGACACGUCCCCAGUGGCCUGAUCAUGGCGGUCAAGAGGAUCCGCGCCACGGUGAACACUCAAGAGCAGAAGAGGCUCCUCAUGGACCUGGACAUCUCCAUGAGGACUGUGGACUGUUUCUACACCGUCACCUUCUACGGAGCUUUAUUCAGAGAGGGCGACGUGUGGAUCUGCAUGGAGCUGAUGGACACGUCCCUCGACAAGUUCUACAAACAGGUGAUCGAGAAGGACAUGUCCAUCCCCGAGAACAUCCUGGGAAAGAUUGCAGUCUCGAUCGUUAAAGCUCUGGAACAUCUGCACAGUAAUCUACAGGUCAUACACCGAGAUGUGAAACCAUCUAACGUCCUCAUAAACAUUGAGGGACAGGUGAAAAUGUGUGAUUUUGGCAUCAGUGGUUAUUUGGUUGACUCUGUGGCUAAAACUAUGGACGCCGGCUGUAAACCGUACAUGGCUCCGGAGAGAAUAAACCCUGAGACGAAUCAAAAAGGCUACAACGUGAAAUCUGACAUCUGGAGUUUAGGAAUCACCAUGAUUGAGUUGGCCAUCCUUCGUUUUCCCUAUGACUCGUGGGGAACACCGUUCCAGCAGCUGAAGCAGGUGGUGGAAGAACCUUCACCUCAACUUCCUGCUGAAAGUUUCUCUGCACAGUUUGUGGACUUCACGUCUCUGUGUUUAAAGAAAGUUUCUAAAGAGCGACCGACGUACACAGAACUCAUGCUUCAUCCCUUCUUCACCUCCCAUGAGUCCAAAGACACAGACGUUGCGAGUUUUGUCAAAAUCAUUUUGGGCGACUGAGUCGUCGUCGUCAUCGUCGCAUCAGAGUGAGAAGAGCCACGCCCACAGCCCACGCUUUCCUGCAGGACUCCUCCCACCGCCCCGCACUUUGACUCCGCUCUCCACAGAAUAAAGAACCAGGAGGAGGAGGAGGAAGGAGGAGGAGUUCUGUACUGUGGAGUUUGGCUCCGCCUCCAGCUGACUGCUGCGUCAUCAAAGAAAAACUUUAUUGACAGAGAAACAGGUGACAGAAUAUAAAUAUAUGGUAUAAUGUAUGUGUUCGUAAACAAAGUGAAACGACUGCAUGUACAGAUUAAAUCUCUACGGACGCCUAGUGGACACACGUGGUACUGCACUUACACUGCUCUCAUUACAUUACAUCUCAUCACACACCCGUGUGUGUGUGUGUGUGUGUGUGUGUGACACACGUGUGCGUCACUUCGUUUUUUAUCAUCAUUAUUUUGGAAGGUUUAGCUCCACGUUUCGUAAACAGCGUUAAUAAUCGCGUGUCGUCACAUGACACAGAUUUAAAGGCCUGUCAUUGGUGGAGCUCUGCCACACACACACACACACACACACUGAGCCAAUCACAAUCAUCUCCCCUC